AUUUGACUGUAGAUACAUUGAUAUGUUUUAUGUUUUAUUCCUGGCACAAGCCCGAGAAAUAGAAGAUGGUAGAAGACCUUGCAGUUAUAAUACCAAUUUCAUCAUAUAUUAGAUAACAGGAAUUGCAUAACCUGAAACAUAUAACCUUAACAACAAUGAAAGGACUGAAUAUGACCGUUGAUACUCUUGUACAGUCAACAUUUUAACUUAUUGAGUAAGAAGAAAAUAGCAUUUGCUUCUUUGCCAAAAAAAGCAAGUGGUACGUUCAGUCUCCACCAUUUUUCUCUGCCUAUACAUUUGCUUUUUUCUUUCGCCAUUCAUAGCAAAACUGAUCAUGUCUUGACUUUCCAAAUCCCUAACUUUGCUUCUUCUUCUUCCUUCUUCUCCAUGUCCAACGCAUCAUCACUUCACGUCACUGAAGAGAGAGAAGAAGUCAUGUUUUCUGAGAAAGGUCACACCUUUAGCAAAGCCCACUUACUAAAACCCAUCGCUACCUCUUGUGAAGCCGUAGCCGAGCUUCCCCGUCAACGUCACUCUGUUUCAUCAUCUCCUACAGAGUUGCUAAACAGCUUGUCUUCAUGAGACUCCGUCUCUAGGUUUUGGGUUGCAGAGCGUCGUUUUGUCUCUUGGGUCGGAAAGAUGGAAGCUUUACACGAACCCACAUGGAGAAAAGCUGUGAUCUUUGAAGCAAUCAAGGCUUCCACUUACAACAUCACUAAGAACCCAUCUCUGCUUCUCUCUGUUUCUCAAAAAUGGUGUCCUGAAACGAACUCUUUCGUGUUCCCUUGGGGUGAAGCAACGAUAACUCUGGAGGAUGUCAUGGUGCUUCUUGGAUUCUCUGUUCUGGGCUCCCCUGUUUUGGAAUCUGUACACAGCUCCGAGAUGAGAGAUGCGGUGGAGAAGCUGGAGAAAUCAUGGCAAGAGAAGAAGGCUGGACAUGAUAUUGUGAGGGAAGGCCAUGGAUUUCAGCUUCAUGGGUAGAGGUGAUCUGGAGCAUGAAGCUUUCCUUGCAAUUAAGGAUGACAUGAGAGAAGGAACGCUGAACAGACGAAGGUUUCAACGCAACCGAAAGUUCUCCAUCGUCUUAUUCGCAAAGAAGAAGAUUUAGGCUGAUGUGGCA